GUGUGCAGAUAUCCGUCGCAACCGGAUGUGGAAGAAGUCCGUGUCAAUGACCCGCAGAAUGACUUUGACGAGUCGGAUAGUGACACCACGGAGGGCGAUGACACCAUUUCCAAGGGCCAAUCGAGAUACAUGCUGCCGCGGAGGAAGCUCACGCGUGUCGAGGAGUUGACAUGGAUGGAGCCUUUCAUGAAGCAGCUGUGGCCAAAGAUCGAUUCUGCCUUGCACAAGAUCAUGAAGGAGAUCUUUCGCAUCGUGAUCACACACUAUCACUGCUUGUUCCGUGGUUGGAUGACUGUUCCAUGA